CUCUUGUGCUUCUUCUGCUUGUGUUUUUUGGGUACCAUUUUUUUUUCUUCCUCACAGAGAAUUUCAUCAAUGGCUGGAAUUGUGGUGGUUUUUGACUUUGACAAGACCAUUAUCGAGUGUGAUAGUGAUAAUUGGGUGGUGGAUGAGUUGGGUGCAACAGAUUUGUUCAAUCAACUUCUGCCCACCAUGCCUUGGAACUCUCUCAUGGAUAGGAUGAUGAAGGAGCUUCAUUCACAAGGAAAAACCAUUGAAGACAUUGUAGAGGUUCUGAAACGAACUCCAAUUCAUCCUAGAGUCGUCCCAGCAAUUAAAGCAGCCCAUGCUUUAGGUUGUGAUUUGAAGAUUGUUAGCGAUGCAAAUCUGUUUUUUAUUGAGACAAUCUUGAAGCAUCUUGGGCUGGAGGAGUUUUUCUCAGAGAUCAACACCAACCCUAGCUAUGUGGAUGAACAAGGAAGGCUUAGGAUUUCUCCUCACCAUGAUUUCAUCAAAUGCUCUCAUGGCUGCAGUCUCUGCCCUCCCAACAUGUGCAAGGGUGUGGUCAUUGAAGAAAGAAUCCAGACUUCUCUCUCCAGUGAAGGGAAGAAGAAGUUAAUCUAUCUUGGAGAUGGCAGUGGAGAUUAUUGCCCAAGCUUGAAGCUCAAGGAAGGAGAUUUUGUAAUGCCAAGGAAGAACUUCCCACUGUUUGACCUAAUCUGCAAGGACCCAUUGCUCAUCAAAGCUGACAUCCACGAGUGGACUGAUGGGGAGGAGCUUGAGCAUAUUCUGCUCAACCUCAUCAACACAAUUGCCAUGGAAGAAAAUGCUCAGUUUAUCUCAGCAGCUGAUUGCAAGUUGCAGACCAUGUCUGCUCAUGAGGCCUUGCCUCAGGCUCUCCCUGUCCGGCAAUAGUAAUAAUAAUUAACUAGUGUGUGUGUUCAAGUGUGGUUGGUUUGACCUAAUUAAUGUAAUAUGCUGGCAAAUUAAUGUCAUGGCCAGCAAAUUCAGAAGAAACCCUUUUUACCCUUCUGCUUGGUUUGGUUUCUUGUUUUAGAAACAAGGUUUGUAAAAGUUUGUGAUUUUGUAUUGAUCAAGAAAAGGAAAAUACUUUCCUUCUUACCAUGUAAGUACAAGCUCCUAUACAUUCCUGUCA